AUGAAUAUUCAAGCCAAACUUGCUGAUCUGCAUCGCAGAAUCUGCAAUAUACCUACAAAUGGUGACGCGGACACUAAGGAGAUCGCACGCAUCAUCAAGUAUCUCGAAGAGAUCCCCGAACAAGUAGAGGAAAGGAGAAGAACGGCGCUUACGAAAAUGAUGGCAUUAGAAAGCAAUAUCGAUUUACUACACAAGCUGCUUGAUAAUGUGGAUGUCAACGUAACACUAGCUGAAACGGACAUACAAAGCUCCAUCGAUAGCAUCAACAAUGCGUUGAAACAGGCCGUUGCUAAAUGCCAAGCAACCAUCUCCUCCGCCUUCUCCACCCUCACCGCCGCCGUCCGCACGCUCUUCGCCGAGCAGAAAAAGGCCGACCUCCACGCGCUCAAGGGGGUGGUGGAGGAGCAGAUGAAGGUUAUCGAGGGGAUCAUAGACAAAGACAAAAGGACCGGAAUUAAAGGUCUUCUGAAGGCUGUAAACGGUAUGAAAGUCACAAUUAUCUCCUCUGACAGUCCUACAUUUCCGACAUCCACAACGGAACUCCUUGACAAUAUUAAGAAGGAUCUACCUCUUUCAACUCCGUUUACGAAAGGGCAUUUCACGCAAUUAUCUACCAAAUUCCACGACUACUAUAAAAACGUUGACACCUAUAUCAAGGAUCAAGUCAAACCUCCAACCUCCCCCCCGCCCACCAACCCAGCCAGCAAGCUAACCAAAAUCAAAGAUGACUUCGACAAAUUACUUACUCAUUUAAGUGCCUCAAAUAGCACUAAAAAGUAUAAUUACGAUAAUACCUUCGUCUCUUUACUUAAUGCCCUCUCCUCCUCCCUCCACUCCUUAUCCCCCUCCGCCUUCGCCAACCCCCGGCACCCGGAGCUGCUCGAUGCGGUCAGAGCGGGGCUGCAGGGGUUUGUGGAGGAGAUGGAGCGGGUGUAUGUGAACGGGUAUGAUGGGCAUGAGGAGGGUAUUAAAUUUGAUGAAUUAGUUAUUAAGGGAAGUGAUAAAGAUGAAAAAUUGUCGGAUGACGGAAGAAAUUUGUCGAAGGUAUUUUUGACGAUUUUGGAGACAUUGUACCAUGACUUUGUUGGAUUACAGAAUGGUUGUAAAAAAGACGCUUCGGGUAAUACACAGCAACUUUGUCAGUACGUAGAAGCAAAUGGCAAGCGAAAUAGCAACCGACUCGGCAGCUGGUUGAAGGAGCGUGGCUACAACGUGCCCUCAACUAAGGACAAGCAGGACGGUGAAUUGAACAGUAAAAAGACGGGGAAAGAUAUUUACGAUGAGCUGCUUAUUAAGAAACUUGAAAAUGCGUCCUCGAACACUAUCUUAACCACCUGGAAAACAACGAAAAACUCGGGUACCGCCGGCAGCACUAGCAACGAUGACAUUACCCUUCUCGACAUACUGGGCUUUUUCCACGACCAGUUGCUCGACUAUUUCAAGACAUCUCACCUUCGCCACAUUUCCGCGCCGAAAGCACCGUGCAACGUAUAUCAGAUGCUGCAAUGGCUCACGGGACUGCGGCAUAAUCCCAUGUAUGAGAAACUAUGUGCGCACUUCAAGGGACUGUUCAAGAAACCUGAAGGAGACAAAGCGCAAACGGAAUCCGCCUACAAACUUGAAUCCACUGACGCAAAGUUGAACGCUGAGGAAUUAAGCACGAUGCUUCGCGGAGUUUGCAACAUAUCGGUUGACGUGCUGGUUGCUAUCCAGGGCCACGGGCACGCGGAUGGUGUAUAUGCUGUGGACUUCUACGUUAACAGCGAAGGUCUGUCGUACCCGAGUAACCCCGGCCAAUGUUUCGAUUUACUCGUCGACGUAGCAUCUAGAGUAUACCACCAGAUGCUAUUCGUUUACAAGCAGUGCAACAACGGUCCUCAGAGCUCCGGUUGGUCGGACUGCCACUAUGGCAGGGGCAUCGCCGGGUCAGCGUGGAACUGCAAUACCCUUCAAUGUCCCGACCAAGAGUGUAAGCAAAAGCAUGACCAAACGGCCGACCAACAUUACAAGUGCGGUGUAAAGUCGCCACUUCAGUCGUUCCUUGAAGAUGGCCUCCCAGGGUUCCUGCCACAUCAGUUCACUAAGCCGGGUUGUAAGCUGGAAUGCGCUGUGCCGAAUCACUUCGGCAAACCGUGCCUGACUCCCAUGGGAUUCGCGGACAUCGGUAUCGCAGCUUCUCACACGAAGCAGGGCAAGCAUCUGAAAGAGGUGCUUGAGAAAUUCUGUGGUAACGCCGAUCAACGACUCACUAAGCUGUGCUCCAUGCUGACGUGUCUGCUCCAGAAGCCUCCGCAGACUCUGGGUGACAUCUUCGCUUUCUACCACAAAUUCCUCAACGGUUGGGAUGGGAGUGGUAAGCAUAGGAAGGAUGCAUUUGACGAAUCGGUUGAUAAAGCCAAUUUCAAACGUCAUUAUGAUAAGCUAAAUGCGUAUUCAGUGUUUGAUAGUACUCACUCAUCGAAUUCCAAAAGCCACUCCAAUGGCGAUCUGGUCAGCCUGGUUUGCCACUCAACCCCGUCUGGCAGAUGCGGUCCAUAUCUGUAUUCCCUCUAUAAUGAAAUCAGCGGUUCAUUCUCUAAGAAGCACGCAGACAAGUACGUAUCGUGGAUUGUUUAUCUCACGCCAACUUUCUACGAUUUACUGAAAAAGCUCUACGAUGACUGCUGCAAAUCGUGUGGCGGCGACAGGCCAAAGUGCCGUGUUGCUAAAUGUCCGCCAACUUGUGCUACUACUAAGAAUACUCAAAACACUAAUCACAGCGAAUUAUGCAAAUCUAUUCUACAGUGCGAUACUACGGCAUCUGUCUUAUGCAGAUACGGAUUUGCGUUGUCAGACAGAACGAAGCUUAGUGGGACGGAAAAAGCGGAAUGCAAGCGCACUUGCAAGGAUUUGUGUGAAAUGCUCAAAAAAGUGCUUGAUGAGGAAUCGGUGUUGAUGAAACUGUUCCACUCUAUUGACAAAUUCAUAUACACAAUCCGUUUCCCCUUCAUGACACUAACCCUCGCACUCUGGCUCCUCUCUCUCCUCUACCUCCUCCACAUCAUGGUCAUCCGCCUCGACCUGCUCCACAUCAAAUCGCAUUUGCAUAGUCCCUCAUCACAUCGCAUAGCUGCUCAAUCGCUACUUGCCGCGGCACGUGUUAAUAAGUUUAACAGGGUGUUUUACCUGCAGCCAUAA